GGCGGGCUUUGGCUGUGGCCGGCUUUGGCUGGCUGGUUAAGCAGGCAAUGGCGGUAGUAGUACUCGUGAAAAUGCGUUUAAGGUGAUGUUUUGUUAAUAUUGCGUGAAGAAUCUGAAGAAAAUCCACGAAGUUCAUCUGUAACUGUAGCGCGAGUCAAGGGCUUCAAAUGUAGAUCAGGAUCCUUGGUAAAAAUGUCGCCCAGUGCAGUUGCGAAAGCGGACAAGUGCAGCAGCUCUGAAAGACGAGAGGCAGCCAGGAGAACGAUUCAAAGACGAGAAGCAUGCAGAAAGGCGGCUGCUAAAAUUGUGGAGCAAAUGCUGCAAGAUGAUGUGUCGCACGAAUGGUUCUUGGAUGCAUGUCGCAGCUUGUCUCAGCAGGAUUACGAGGAUGCCGUUGAGGAAAGGGCCAUCGUUCUGCAAUGUGGAUACCCCAUUUGCAAAAACAAGAUCUCACGGGUAUUACAGUUGAACCGUGCGCGUGUGCCCCCUCAGAAGUACCACAUCUGUGCCAAAACUAACAGGGUCUUCGACAUUACGUCGAGAAAGCGUUACUGCAGUGAUAGUUGCUACCACGCUUCUGUGUUUCUCAAGAAGCAGCUCUACGAAGGCCCUCUUUGGCUUAGAGAUGAGACGGAGGCACCAGCGAAAUAUGAGCUCUUGGAGAAAGAGAAACACAGAGGAAGUCACGGCGAAGAGGUAGACUUUGGAUGGCGUCGACUAAGUAAAGAAGAGGUGGAGAUUCUGAACAAGUCAGAGAAAUCCAAGGAAUACCUGAAACCUGACGCCGCCAAAGUUUCUCCGUACAUGACCGAAGGAGCCAUUCAGAAGCUUGCAGCACGCGUGGAAUGUCUCAGUGUUUCCGAGGCAGCCGACACAUCAAGCUCAGCAAGGAAACUAGCAGCAGGACAUACGCAACCACGUCAAGAAGAUAAGCCUUCAAAAAGUGAGACCCCUAAAGCUGAGCCGUCAACAUCACCAAGAGUGCUUCCUGAACAGAAGCCAGAACUUUCCACAUCCUCAGUUCAUCAUUCCAAGUCACCUACGGGUUUAUGUGAAACGUCCAAUUCGGGAAGCUUCAAUUCCUGGAUGAAAGCACUGGAAAGUGAACACCAGAAGAUCAUGCCACAGUCCUCACAAGCCCAACCUGAACUUUCUCCACUAGAAAACGCAGAGAAGACACUCCACAAUUGGAUAACAAUAGAGACGCUGACCCUUCUGUUGGGCAAAAAGGCUGUUGACCGGAUGAAGGCUUCGAACCCUAGUUUAGGGAUGUCUUGUGAGGCCGAGAGAAGAGCUGACCAUUUCCGAACCCUGUAUGCUAGGAUUUGCAGAAAGCUCGACAGAGAAGAAGCCGAAGAAGAGCAGUACUUCAGUAAGGUGCUAGAUUCUGACGAUGACGACGACGAUAGCAAGGUGCAAGCAGUGCCAACAGCCACUGUUCCUUCGAUGACAGAAUUGAAGCGCGAUGCUGACCAAGCACAGCUGAGAGUGUACGGCUUCUAUGCGGGGCAGUUGGACACAGCUGAUGACGAAACGGGUGCAGAAGAGAGUGGAGGUGAGAAAAAGAACACGACAAAGAAGACAGCGAAGAAGGUUGAGAAGAAAAAGCUAAAAAGUAAAGUUCCUGAGAUUCCACGUGACGUAAAGGAUCCUAUAUUGCCUGUGGUAGACAGCCAUGCUCAGAAUUUGCUCAGGUGCAGGAUUCUGCUUGACAGAAUACAAAAAGUGCUCCCGGAUAUCCUGGACCUCAUUGACGUAGAGCUGGCACAAGUAUCGUCUGACCUCAGAGACCUUGUCUCAUCAUUUAGGUUAACUGCUGAAAACGUCAUAUUCAAGAUGCAGGCAUGCAAGGUGAUUGCUCUCUGCCUUGUACUCAUGCUAAGCAAGCAGAAUGAGGCUCUACAAACGGCCCUACAGGAUAGGAGACAGAGAAGCCUCUUGGAACCAUUCCUGGACGACAUUGGCAUUACGUUAACCGAUGCAGAACACCUGGUAGAACGCCUGUUAAGUUUUCCUAAUAUUCCUUAACAUAGGAUGUUAACAGCAUUUGUAUAAAUUAUGUAUAUAUGUAUGUACCGAUAAAAGCGAUCCUGAUGGGGGGAGGGGAGGUUAUGCAGGAGGUUAAAACAUUUGUUGUUUACUGGAAGGGAAUAAAGUUUUUAUUCUAUAUGAAUAGAGAAAUAGUCUA